GUUGGAAUUAUAGUCCUAACCACAAUGUGAGAUAGUAUCAGAAACCUAGAACGUUCUUAACUAUCGUCAACUUGUGAGUUGUGACGAAAGAGAAAGAGAGAACAACUACCUACCAAGGUGUUUAGACUGUAGAAACUCGGAUAAUUACACACAACUACAGCUACAAGCCUAACCACUUAACGAGUUUUCUAUCUGAUGGGUAUCUGCAUGUGGAUAAUGGCGGAUAGAUGCAUCGACUCAUCGUACAAUUUCCCUUCUCCCCACCGCACACCAUGUCGCCAAUCAUUCGACCAAGCUACAUGACUCUUCACACCAGGUUGUCGGGUCAGAAUCCAGGCUAGGGUGUUCGUUCGCCGUGACAUACGAUGGAAAAUCAGCCAGAGGGUCCGGCUGAUCGCCGAGCAGGUAACGACUACUAUGACCUCGGCUCGUACCGACGGCCCGUGGGCUCAGACAGCGACGAUGCUUGCGAAUGGGCCAACCGAGGGCUGAUUUGGAGCUACGCCUUCAAUCACGAGGAGUCUGCAAAAUGUUUUGAGCGCGCCAUCGCGAGCGAUGGCGAAUGCGUCUUGGCGUACUGGGGUUUAGCCUACGUCCUGGGCCCGAAUUACAACAAGCCGUGGGACUCCUUCGAUCAGGGCGAGCUCGAGGAUACCAUGCGACGAACCCACGACGCGAUCGCGAAAGCCAGGGAGAGGGCGGGAAAGGCACCUCCGGUUGAAAAGGCGCUCGCCGAGGCACUAGAGUACCGGUAUCCACGCGAGCACGCAGAGGACCAGAGCUGGUCGAUCUGGAACGAGGGUUAUGCCGACGCGAUGGGGAGGGUCUACCAGGAAUUCCCGGACGACCUGGACGUCGCGGCGCUGUACGUGGAUGCGCUGAUGAACUUGACGCCGUGGAAGCUUUGGGACAUUACCACGGGAGAGCCGGCAGCCGGAGCUCGCACGCUAGAGGCGAAGGCCAUACUGGAGGGUGCGAUGGCCCAAGACGGCGGUUCUCAACACGCGGGACUCCUGCAUCUCUACAUCCAUCUCAUAGAAAUGUCUCCGACCCCCGAGGCCGCCUUGGACGCGGCCAACGCGCUGCGCGAUCUGGUGCCCGACGCCGGCCACCUCAACCACAUGCCGUCGCACAUCGACGUUCUGGUGGGUGAUUACCAGAACGCCAUCGUGUCGAACCAGAAGGCCAUUCUCGCCGACAACGUCUUCUUCUCAAGGGAGGACCCGCUGAAGUUCUACACGCUGUACCGGGUGCACGACCUGCACUUUCGCAUCUAUGCCGCCAUGUUCGCCGGGCAGUCCCGCAUCACUCUCGAGACCGUCGCGCAGCUGGAGAAGGCCCUCCCAGGAGAGCUGCUGCGUGUCGAAUCCCCCCCUAUGGCCGAUUGGCUGGAAGGCUUCCUCGCGAUGCGCGUGCAUGCCCUCGUCCGAUUUGGCCGGUGGCAAGAGAUCAUCGACACGCCGUUCCACAACGACGCCCGGCUUUACUGUGUAACGGACGCCCUGAACCAUUACGCAAAAGGGGUUGCCUUCGCGGCGACUGGGGACGUCGACGCGUCCGCCAGGGAACGAGAGGCAUUCGCCGAAGCCGCCAAGGCAGUCCCGUCCUCCCGCACGCUGUUCAAUAACAAGUGCGUGGACAUCCUGCAAGUGGCGGGUGCGAUGCUGGACGGAGAGCUCGAGUAUCGGCGCGGGAACUACGAGCCGGCCUUCUCUCACCUGCGAAGGGCGAUGGAAUUGAGUUAUGCCCUCCCCUACGACGAGCCGUGGGGCUGGAUGCAGCCGCCCAGCCACGCACUAGGGGCGCUGCUCUCCGAACAGGGGCAUUUCGACCAGGCGGUCGACAUCUACGCCGAGGACCUAGGGGUCAGCGGAAAGCUGCCGCGCGCCUUGCAGCACCAGAAGAACGUGUGGGCGCUGCACGGUUACCAUGAAUGUCUGGUCAAAUUGGGGCGCCUCGACGAGGCGAGAGCCAUAAAGCCGCAGUUGGACGCAGCCAUCGAAGUAGCCGACGUGCCCAUCAAGGCAUCUUGUUUCUGCCGCAUCAGCGCAUUUUAAGAACCUACCUACAUGAAUAUAUAGGAAACACUGUUAUCGUGCUUGAUGUGUAGCCAAGAUUCUUCCAUCAUCUCGCUCAUGUGUCGUCUCGGAUUGACCCCUUGACAUGUACCUUCAAGACGCAGGUUUCACAGGCACGCAUAAAUUUUUCCAUUUUACUUCGAAGUCUUCCGUAGAAACGACCACCCCGACUUGGAGGGG